ACUAUCUUCAUCUUCGUAUUCGUCUCAGCUCCAUGUUCAAUACUCAACGGCUGCACCGGCAUUCUUGCCGGCUGCUCCUCUGUCAUCGUCUCCGAGCUUAUCUCCGGAUAUCGAACCUUUGCUCCCCUACUCCUAAAGGCAUGGCACCGGCUCCGGUUGAUUCAUCGAUCCCAUCUAUCCCUUCAAGUCCCAGCCCUCCUAAUCCAGACAGUAUGUUGGCCCCUGGCCCUGGUUUUGAACUUGCACCAUCUGGUUCGUUGCUGGAAUCGGGUUCGGUUUCUUUAACAUUGGAUGGAGAUAUGAAAUCUACAUUGUUUCUUGGUUUGGUAGGGGCAGUUUUGUCAUUGCAGUAGCUUUCUGGUGUGUGAGGUUCGAUGGUGGCGACUUCAAUUAUUAUUCCUACUGGCGUAUCACUUUUUUUUCUUUGUUUUUGUUUCCUAGUAUAUGUUACUUUAGUUUCAUGUUAGGUAAACCAAGUGU